AUGGCCGAGUCACGACUGGACGAUUUACUCGGAACCCGCAGCGGUUUAGUCCCGAUAACUCGAGCAUCCGUCAACACCGCCGCGCACUUACAGAGAUGCCUCGGCUCAAUGGGAGCAUAUUGUCAGGCUAAGCUCGUGAUGUUAGAGAAUUCCAAUAUAGUGGGAGGUUCACUUAUCGGCGCUAAGCUCACAUCUGGCACCUGGGGGCUGCCUCGA